AUGGGGGUGCGCAGACAAAGGGACGCGCGUACGGCAGCGAGCCCCAGACCUACAGCGCCGCUGAUGGAGCUGCUGGGACCGGCGGCGCUUCAGAGCUGCAGUUAGACAUCUGGGCUCGGAAUAGCGGACAUCGCGACCGGAGUGAUAGACGGGAAAAUGAACGGAUUGCAGCCCGCUUCUGCGCCCGAUUGUCCGGUCGGGAGCGUCUGCUCCAUCGAGGGUCUGCCCCCGCUGCCGAAGGGCCUCAGCGGCAUCCUCAACUCCAGCGGCGGCUCCUGGAGGGACAUCGAGAAAGUCUACAGCAAGAAGACCCGCAUCCAGGCCGACAUCAGCAAGUCCCGGCUCAGCGACUCUCUCGGGCGUAGCAAACCGGCCAGCCUGGACGCGGCGCUCGCCGUGCUCCGUAAAGAAAUGGUGGGCCUCCGCCAGCUGGACAUGUCUCUGCUCUGUCAGCUCUGGUCUCUUUAUGAGUCUAUCCAGGAGUGCAAAGGAGUCUUUCAUGACUACUCAUCCUCCCUCCUCUCUGAGAGCUCCUUCACCACAGAGAAUGGCUAUUCUGAGGAAGAAGAAGAGGAGGAGGAGAUGGAGGAGGACGAGGAACAUCAAGGACAGGGGAGCCCUCAGGCCCUGUCUACCACAUCUCUGCCGCUUCCACAGCCUGCUCAGAACUCCAGGGACCAGUGGAUCAAGGAGUCCUUUCACAUCCCCUUAUGAAGGCAGUGAGUCCGUCUUCUCUCUGCCUCACACUCUACACACCGAUGGGAUUUAACACGCUGAGCCCUCGACCUGUCUGACAUUCUACACACCGAUGGGAUUUAACACACUGAGCCCUCGACCUGUCUGACAUUCUACACACUGAUGGGAUCUAACGCACGAGCCCUCAACCUGUCUCACAUUCUACACACCGAUUGGAUUUAACACACUGAGCCCUCGACCUGUCUGACAUUCUACACACCGAUAGGAUUUAACACACUCAGCCUUCGACCUGUCUGACAUUCUACACACCGAUGGAAUUUAACAUACGAGCCCUCGACCUGUCUGACAUUCUACACACCGAUUGGAUUUAACACACGAGCCCUCGACCUGUCUCACAUUCUACACACCGAUUGGAUUUAACACACGAGCCCUCGACCUGUCUCACAUUCUACACACCGAUUGGAUUUAACACACUGAGCCCUUGACCUGUCUCACAUUCUACAAACUGAUGGAAUUUAACACACGAGCCCUCGACCUGUCUCACAUUCUACACACCGAUGGGAUCUAACGCACGAGCCCUCAACCUGUCUGACAUUCUACACACCGAUUGGAUUUAACACACGAGCCCUCGACCUGUCUCACAUUCUACACACCGAUUGGAUUUAACACACGAGCCCUCGACCUGUCUCACAUUCUACACACCGAUUGGAUUUAACACACUGAGCCCUUGACCUGUCUCACAUUCUACAAACUGAUGGAAUUUAACACACGAGCCCUCGACCUGUCUCACAUUCUACACACCGAUGGGAUCUAACGCACGAGCCCUCAACCUGUCUCACAUUCUACACACCGAUGGGAUUUAACACACCUUCUGUCACUCCCAUAGAGUGUAAUGAUUGCAUUUUAAUGUCCACAAAAUGCCUCCCUUGCGAACCUCAGCGUAUCUUAGUUUUAAACGGUGCUAUAUUUUCUGCACUUCUCUGCAUUUAAAACAGUAACUAAAGGCUUACAGUUCUGCAGGGGUAUUCAGCACAUGUCUAUAUAUGGCAAUUACACAGUCUGCAAUUUUUUAAACUUUGAGGCUUGAAUGUAAUUAUUAUCCUAUUUGAAUAUCUUGUAAAUAAAACUUUUUAAAAUAUUCAUUAUGCUUCUUUACCAAGCUACAUAAAAUGUAAGUGAUUAUUGUGAGUAAUUCACAAGCUCUGUUUGCAGUGAUUAUGAUAUUGAUACUAGACUAUGUAAGAUAUACUACAUUUAUUUUGCUGAUAGUACAAACGGGCCCUUCAAAUAUUAACAGUGCGUUUUACUAUUAAAAAGGCCAGUAUUUACAUAAGAAA